AUUCUUCAUUUCAGUACCAGCGGUCUUCCGAAUCGGAGUACCUGCAAACAUCACAGUCCAAGCCCCUGGCCACACUCAUGCCUUUGAUGCAACCAUCUCGGUAAAAAGCUAUCCUGAUGAAAACAUCAGUUACUCUUCAGGCUCUGUUAAUUUAUCACCAGAAAAUAAAUUCCGAAACUCUGCCAUCUUAACAGUUCAGGCCAAACAGUUGUCUGAAGGACAAAGCUCAUUUUCAUAUGUGUAUUUGGAAGUCAUGUCAAAGCAUUUUUCAAAAUCAGAAAAAAUUCCAAUCAUCCAUGACAAUGGCUCUCUCUUCAUCCACACUGACAAGCCUGUCUACACUCCACAGGAGUCCGGUAGAGUAUCUGAUCCACCUGUGUUCUGCCCCGCCAUAUAUGGUAGAUGGACAAUUAAGGCUAAAUACAGAGAAGAUGCUACAACCAAUGGAACGACACACUUUGACAUUAAAGAACAUGAUAAAGCUUACAAAAUAACUCUCAUGCCAAUAAGUGACCUGCAGCACCAAGUGGCAAAUCAAGGUGAAGCACAAGGUGUGACUCUCCAGCCAGCAGAUUACCUGCAACAGAAAAUAAAUGAACGAGCUUCUACAUACAAACAUCAAGUGCCAAAGAAGUGUUGCUAUGACGGAGCUGUUCUUAAGAAAUAUGAAACCUGUGAGCAACGAGCUGAACGUGUGAAAAUAGGCCUCCUGUGUGUUAGAGCCUUCAUUUCCUGCUGUACCCUGGCAAAUGAGAUCAGAGCUAAUGACACUUUUAAACACAUUCAUGUGUCAAAGCAUCACUGUAAGUAUGGCAUUUUCUAUUGGAACCUUCUCAAAUCUGGAUAA